UGAUUAGAAGAGAUAACUGUCAAUUGUUUUUCUGAACCAACAAGCGACAGAUUACCCCAAAGCCCCAAAUCAAUCCCCGAUCUCAAACUCACCAUACACUCUAGAUUUGGAAGACACUACUUGAAGCGUCAAUGCCGACGGACCAAGCCGAGCUCAAUUCCGAACAGGUUUUGAGGAGGGAUAUUGCAUGGGAGACAUACAUGACGACUAAGCUGAUCACAGGAACAUCCCUUCAGCUAUUAAGGCGCUAUGACAAAAAGAGCGAAAAUGACAGGGCACCACUGCUUGAUAAUGAUGGUCCAUCUUAUAUUCAUGUUUUUAUUAGCAUCUUGCGUGACAUACAAAAAGAGGAAACGGUUGAAUAUGUGUUGGCUUUAAUUGAUGAGAUGCUUACAGCAAAUCCCAAAAGAGCGCUGCUGUUUCAUGAUAAGUCUCUUGCAGAUGAUGACAUUUACGAACCUUUCCUGAGAUUGCUAUGGAAAGGUAGCUGGUUCAUACAAGAAAAGAGCUCUAAGAUACUUACUUUGAUAGUGAGUGCUAGGCCAAAGCAGAAUGGUCGGACAAAUGGAGCCACGGAUUCAAAGAAGAAAAUAACCACAAGUGAUGAUGUUUUGAAAGGAUUGGUGGAGUGGCUUUGUAUUCAGCUGAAGAAGCCUUCCCAUCCAAGCCGUAGCAUUCCAGCUUCUGUCAACUGUCUUGCAACCUUGUUGAAGGAAUCUGUUGUUAGGUCUUCAUUUGUUCAAGCAGAUGGGGUAAAGCUGCUUGUGCCACUAAUUUCUCCAGCAUCCACUCAGCAGUCAAUUCAGAUUCUCUAUGAAACAUGCCUCUGUGUUUGGCUCUUGUCCUACUAUGAACCUGCAAUUGAGUAUUUGGCUACAUCUAGAGCCCUGCCACGCUUAUUGGAGGUUGUCAAAGGUUCAACGAAAGAGAAGGUUGUGAGGUUAAUAGUCUUGACUUUCAAGAACUUGCUUGCCAAAGGAAGCUUCGGAGCUCAGAUGGUAGAUCUUGGACUUCCACAAAUUGUUCAAAGUUUGAAAGCACAGGCCUGGAGUGACGAGGAUCUGUUGGACACUUUAAAUCAUCUGGAAGAGGGGCUGAAAGAUAACAUCAAGAAAUUGAGUUCUUUUGAUAAGUACAAGCAAGAAGUCCUUCUUGGUCAUCUGGAUUGGUCUCCAAUGCAUAAAGAUCCUAUUUUCUGGCGAGAUAACAUUACAAACUUUGAAGAGAAUGAUUUCCAGACUUUACGGGUCCUGCUCACGAUAUUGGAAACAUCUAGUGAUCCAAGGGCAUUGGCCGUAGCUUGCUUUGAUCUGUCUCAGUUUAUUCAGUACCAUCCUGCUGGCCGGAUCAUAGUCACCGACCUGAAAGCAAAAGAACGGGUCAUGAAGCUGAUGAACCAUGAGAACGCUGAGGUCACCAAGAACGCCUUGCUCUGCAUCCAACGGCUUUUUCUUGGCGCCAAAUAUGCAAGCUUUUUGCAGGCUUAAACGUGCUGAAGGUGAUGUACCAUUCUCGGAUCAUCAGCGCACGAGUUACUUGCAUCUCUCGGGCUCUUCUGUGUUAAGGCUUUUAUUUGCUUAACCCUUUUUUUCCAGAAUAAAAAUUGAUGUCUGUACUUUUAUGCUGUUUAUGGAUGGAAUAAAAUAAAGAAGUUGAGGGCUAUUCAUAUUUAUUGUUGUAAAUUGAACUUAAAUCAAUAUGUUCAAAUUUGUGUUGAAUGAUGUUGAUGCUUCAUAUCUGCAGCGAUUUUGGCUUUGGAUUUGUUG